AUGCCGAACAACUUCAAGGAAAAUCCCUUUGAAGACUUCCCGGAGUCUCCAAGGAAGCCGGAGACCAUUUAUACCCCGAUAUCAUCUCCUAGAAAGCGUAAGUUGCAACUCCAAUUGGCUAACCAUAAAGAAUCUCCAUCAAAGGCCGCUUUGAGGUACUCGCCCGCGAUUUCGUUCAAGACUAGUGACUCUGAGCUGUUUAGCAAUAGCACAGCAAACAAGUUUAUCAUGGCAGCGGAAAAUAAAGGAGCCACUCCGAGAGCUGCCUACACCACCAGCGAGUCUCCAACUCGAUCCAAGCCAGCUUUUGUGAGGACCAAUUCUGAUGACGACGACGACAUAUUUAGUGCUAAGAGUGAUGAGUUCACCAAAUCUCUACGCAGCGACCGAACUCUAGAGACACCACGGCCGAUUUUCUCUGCUUCUGCCUACACAGCCGCUAAUGCCAGCCCGUUUAGAUCGUCAAUUCCCAAGCUGGACCCAUCCAGAGAGUCAUCUCAUUCGUCCCAAUCCACUUUGGACAUGGCCAUGGCUGACCUGGCCAAGCAAGAUACCAAUCCAUCUCUUUUUGAUCGUGAUACUCUCGGGUCCCAAACUAUCGAUGAGGAAUACAAUUUUACCACCAGUCUUGAUGGAAAGCUUUUUGAUGAGCUUCCAAAGGAUUUCCAGCCAAGAAGAAACAACUACAGAACCACCCAGAAGACCUUCAAGUCGAAAAAUGGUAACUUAGUGCUCGACAACCCGAUUCCGUCCACGCUGUACAACUUCUUGCCAAUCAAGGGAGAAGACGAGUUUGAUUACAUGAAGUACUCGGCCGUUACUACAGGUCCGGAUGACUUCGCAGAGGAAGGUUUCAGCUUGAGAACUUGCGACAUGGGAAGAGAGACAGAGAUCGUUGUUUGCAUUACAAUGUAUAACGAGGACGAGGUUGCUCUGACAAGGACUCUGCACGCGGUGUUUAGAAACAUUGCUUAUCUUUCCAGAAGACAAAACAGCAGAACAUGGGGCCAGGACUCUUGGAAGAAAGUGGUUGUCAUGAUUGUUGCCGACGGACGUAACAAGAUUUCUCCUGGUGUUUUGCAAGUUCUGUCUGCAAUUGGUAUAUACCAGGAGGGAAUUGCCAAGUCUCUUGUCAAUCAGAAAGAGGUCCAGGCCCAUUUGUUCGAGUACACUGCUCAAUUGUCCAUUGAUGAGGAUUUGAAGUUCAGCGGCGUCGAGAAAGGUAUUUGUCCUGUGCAGCUGGUUUUCUGUUUGAAAGAGAAAAAUGCCAAAAAGAUCAACUCCCACAGAUGGCUGUUCAAUGCUGCCUGUCCUGUUUUGGAGCCCAAAGUGUGUGUUCUUCUUGAUGUUGGUACCCGUCCUUGCGACAGCGCUGUCUACAACCUGUGGAAAGCAUUUGACUACGAUUCUAAUGUUGCUGGUGCAGCUGGAGAGAUUGUUGCCAUGAAAGGUAAACUGUGGAGAAAACUAGCCAAUCCACUGGUUGCUUCGCAAAACUUUGAGUACAAAAUGUCCAACAUUCUCGACAAGCCAUGCGAGUCUGUGUUUGGAUACAUCUCCGUCUUGCCAGGUGCGCUGUCGGCCUACAGAUACGCCGCUCUGAAAAACCACGAAGACGGCACUGGUCCGCUAAAUGCCUACUUCAAAGGAGAGAACACCGACGGCGCGGCCGACGCCGGAAUAUUCUCUGCCAACAUGUAUCUUGCUGAGGACAGAAUUCUUGCUUGGGAACUCGUUGCCAAGAAAGACGCCAAAUGGGUCCUCAAGUACGUGAAAAGCGCCCAGGGAGAAACUGAUGUUCCGGAGGCGUUACCUGAAUUUAUCUCGCAGAGAAGAAGAUGGCUGAACGGUGCGUUCUUUGCUGCCGUUUAUUCGCAGGCUAAGUUCUUUCAGAUCUGGAAGACCGACCACUCGACGGUGAGAAAGUUAUUUUUGCACAUUGAAUUCAUCUACCAGUUCUUCACGUUGCUCUUCACAUUCUUCUCCAUCUCCAACUUUUACCUGACAUUCUACUAUCUUGCUGGCUCCCUCAUCAAUCUCGCUGGUACUGGUGGAAAAGUGCUUUUUGAAAUCAUGAAUUACCUGUGCUUGUGCACAUUACUAGGCAUGUUGGUGAUCUCAAUGGGCAACAGACCGCAGGGAGCUCCAAAACUGUUUUUGACGGCAGUCAUCCUGCUCACUGUGUGCGGCACUUAUGCCAUCAUCUCUGGAUUCUACUUCAUGGUGCUGAUGGUGCAAGAAAACAAUGCUGGAAGCGCAGGAGGGCUCAGCUUUGCCUCCAUUUGCGUCAGUCUGGCGUCCACGUACGGGCUGUACGUGCUCAUGUCGAUUCUGUAUCUGGACCCGUGGCACAUUCUCUCGUCGUCGAUCCAGUAUUUCUUCCUGCUACCCGCAUACACCUGUCUGUUGCAGAUCUACGCUUUCUGCAACACUCACGACGUCACGUGGGGAACCAAGGGAGAGAACCAGCCUGUUUCCAGCCUGGGAUCCGCCACGAUUGUGACCAACGAGGAGGGCCAAGAGGUGAUCAAGCUGGAGAUUGUUGGUGACCAGAGAGACAUCGACUCAAUGUACACCGAAAACCUGUACCAACUGAAGGAGAGACGCAAGAUGCCGGUCAAGAUGAGAGACGGCGGAGCGGUGAAACCGAAGAUCAGCUCGGAAGACUACUACAGAGACGUGCGGUCGCGGGUGGUGCUCCUGUGGACGAUCGCCAACGUGGUCCUGGUGAUGACCAUCACGCAGAUCUACGAGCCAGACUCGAUCAAGAACAACAAGUAUCUGGCGGUGAUUCUUUGGAGCGUUUUCGGGUUUGCGCUGUUCCGUUUCGUGGGCUCGUUCUCGUUCCUGGUUCAUCUUAUGUUGCGCAAGAUUGUGAUUGCCAAGAGCAAGUGGGAUAUCAAAAGGAGCUCCCGCGACGAGAAGAACGAGAUGGUGAUGCUAUAG